AUAGCUAGCUGAAGACUCAUAGUUGGUGGUGUGUGACGUAGUGUCACAAAAUGUUACUCACUUCACGAGGGAGAUCGAACCUGCUUAACCCAAGUUAUAUAUUGCAAGAACAGGUGCUCGGGACGCGGAGUGGGAAUGAGAGUGUCAUUCUCUAUUACAAGUCAGUGUGGCAUCAGAAUUAUUUUGAUGCUGUUAUUUUCAGCGAAGACCAGUCUAAAUGUAUUUGGAGAAAUCUGAGGGAUGCGUCUGAGAGAAAGAUGCAGAGCAGAGAAUUCUGACAUGGUGCCGACCCAAAUUGACAGAGACGAGGAAAGAGUGGACUGUUCAGUGGCAGACACGUCUCCAACCAGACACAGUAAUCCUGACAGUUUUUCAAAGCAGUGCUGUGCUUAGUAUCGACAAGAAUCCUGUGCUUCUGAGGAGGAGACAUUUUGCCUGUCCGAGACAGAAAAGAGGAGCAUCAGGACAACGACAGACAACAGACAUAUGAGUGCUUCCUAAAUCAAAGUGAGAGAGGGGUCGCCUCCUGUCAGAUACACAAGAAGAGACAAAGACAGGAUGAGGGGAUACAAUGAAUCCACAGCUCAAGCUGAUUAUUGAUUGUUACUAAAACUGAAUGCUUUACCUACCUGGACGACAGACUCGUCAGACUUGUGUCGGAGGGGAAAACAGACAGUAACCUCCACUAAAAGAAGGAGGGAGAACCGGCAGUAGCCAAUAUAGAGAAGGAGUAGGGGGCAAGUUCCCUUUCUCUCUCUCGACCCAUCUCGUCGUCAGGCUGGCUGGGACAGCCAUGGCGUUCACCUUUGCGGCCUUCUGCUACAUGCUCACCUUGGUGCUGUGCGCGGCUCUCAUCUUCUUCGUCAUAUGGCAGAUCAUUGCGUUUGAUGAGCUUCGCACAGACUUCAAAAACCCCAUUGAUCAGAGUAAUCCCACAAGAGCGAGAGAAAGGAUCCUCAACAUUGAAAGAAUCUGCAACCUGCUUCGCAAAUUGGUGGUACCGGAGUACUCCAUCCAUGGGCUCUUCUGCCUGAUGUUCAUGUGUGCUGGAGAGUGGGUCACACUUGGCCUGAAUAUCCCGCUGCUCUUCUACCAUCUGUGGAGGUUUUUGCAUCGGCCAGCUGAUGGGUCAGAGGUCAUGUAUGAUCCUGUCAGUGUGAUGAAUGCCGACAUUCUCAAUUAUUGCCAGAAGGAGUCCUGGUGCAAGCUGGGCUUUUAUCUGCUUUCUUUCUUCUAUUAUCUCUACAGUAUGGUCUACGCCUUGGUGAGCUUCUAACAGGCGGGAGAUCUGGAGAAAGAAAAGGAAGUAUAUGUAAGAAAGACACAGAGGAACAAAUGGAGACAUCAGCUCUUCCUCUCUUCAUGUAUCCUUCCCAUCACUGGCUUCUUGGGUUUUCAACAAUCUAACCUUGGACAAAACAAGAGGACCAAUCUGAGAGAUAUUAUGAAUGUAAAGGUGUUGCCUCCGCUCGAUCAUUGCUUUAUCCAAUAUACUGCUGUCGGACGGCUGGACAAAUCUUUGAAGGACUGAAAGGAAACAGAAGGAGGACGUGUAUUGCCUUUGACCCAUUAUACGAAUUAACAAUACAUUUCUGAAGGGCUGGACUUUUCCCAUGCUGCUCUUAAUGAUCCAGUCGCUCAACUCACUGUGAAUCUCCAAACACUUAGGGGCUGGAAAACUAAAUACUACAACUAAAUGUACUAAAAGCAGGAUUGUAUUGGUAUCAUUCCAUGUAUUCCAGACAACAGACACCUGUCAUAUCAAACCACUGCUUUGAUUGUGUUACAGGUACAUUAAACUGUAGGAAACUGGUUAAAUUGUACAGGAGAGCCUUAAAGCACUGUAAGCAAUGCAGAAGGCCUGGCAGGGAAAUAACAGAUUGGUGUGUGCACAGACACUUUUAACCAGGAUGGAGACAGACCAACACAACAUCUCCUUGAUGCCAGCCUGCAACAAAAACAACAAGCUAUCAUCAUAAGUUUGACUUCGAGGGUCAAUGCUUGUAAUGUGCAUUCAAAAUAAGUAGGUCCAUAGCUGUAAGGAUGUAUUUUAUGCUACAUGCUAUAAGUUCAUGCUUUCCAAAGAGCGUAAUGCUCAGACAUAUAAUGCCAAAAGUUUAUAUCUAAAAGACAUUGUGCCAAAUUAAGAAGUCAGUUAGGAGGAGUGAAAAGAAAUCGCUUAUAGUGUCUUCAUCUACAUGCUAAGGCACUGUCAGGCCUUGGCUUUAUUUUCACUUUCUUUAAGACACAUUUGAUUUUGGCACACUGUUUUUUUCUUGAAAAAAUAGAAAGGAAAAAAAAUGUAGUUCUGUUGUAUUUUUUAGUGUGCAGGGAGCGCCUUAUUUCUAUUCCCAGUGAAGUUUACUCUUACUCAUCUGCAUCUAUACUAUAGUCAUUUUAGCACAGCAACUUUUCUCUGAUCUGAGGUAGAAUCUAGAAAUCUCAUGUACAAAAAGCAAUUAAAAACUAGCAAUGUAAUAUGAUUCAUGAGACAUA